GCCCCCUCUACCCUCUCUUCCACCCACUGCGCACACCUUUCCCCACCCUUUUCCCCUUUUCCCAAGCUAACCCCCCGCACCCCCGGCCUCUGCCAGGGAAGCGGGAGAGGGCAGAGCCAGGGGGAACUUGCAGCUGACACUGCACGGGAAGGGGUAAGUGGUUUGUGUGUGAAGGAGCAGCAGAGGCUAGCAGAGGAUGGGGCAGCAAAGGCUGCACGGGAAGGGGCAAUGGGGGUUGUGGGGGGAAGGGGGCAGCAGAGGCUGCAGAGGAAAGGGCAGCAGAGGCUGCAAGGGAAGGGGCAGCAGCGGCUGCACGGGAAAGGGCGGCAGGGGCUGCACGGGAAGGGGCGGCAGGGGACCGUGACUCUGGCCAGGCAAAGGGGCAGAGGCCAUGGAGACAGCAGGCUGGGGUGGGCUCGGGGGGACAUAGGGGCAACAGGGGAAGGAGAGGUGAGGGUGGUCCCGACCGGGGUGGGCACUGAAGAGGGGGAUGUGAUAGCGAUAGAGGAGGAUGAGGGAGAGGAUGUGAUGCACAUUGACGGGCCACUGGCCCAAUACCUCACGCUUGACGGUGAGGCCGACCCGGCCCCCCUGCAGCCUCACGUCGAGGUUCCCCCUCUACCCCCCCAUGCCCGUCCCCAUGCUAGCAGAAGGACCGAUGGAGGGGCUGGGGGAGACCUUGAGGACAGAGCCGCGCGAGGGAGCCCCCAUCCUCACCUCCCGUCCUCCAGCCCACCCACCCCCAGGAGCACCACUUCCCCACCCCCACCCUCAGGUCCCGGUAGUGUCCAGGGGGGCAGCCAAGGCCCUGGCCUUCUUGGCGGAGCCGUGCUCCCCGACCCCCACGCUGCUCCAUGGCCAGCUCCCCCUCUCCGUCCCCAACGCCUGACCCCACGGGGCUCCUUAGAGCAACCACGUGGAGCAGCCAGGGCUCUGGUCUUCCUAGAGGAGCCAUGCUCCCCGACUCCUACCAACACCCAGCCACCCCUUACCGGCCCACUACCCCCUCCUCCACCAGGCCCCCCCCCCACCCGCCCCUCGACCCCCACCUCCAACCCCCUCUCCCGGCCGGGUUCCCCACGAGUGGCCCCCGUUGGGCAGCCAUCACCCCCCCACACACAGCUUGCCCGAUCUGUUCCCACGGAGGGGGAUGUUUUCGAGGAGAGAGGGGAUGCAACACAGAGCACCCCCCUGCCUGGCGAACCACCCAUCCUCCCUCCACCCACCCCUUUGGCCCCACAGCCCCCCCCUUCCUUCACAAACAGGCGCGGGACAACCAGCCCGACCACCAAACCUACACUCCCGCCCCGCUCCUGCACCUCCACAGGGCCAUGGGAGCGGUACCAGCCCACUCACCCCCAUUCUGCCCCCUCCCGUGCUGUGUCCCCCUCCCAGGUGGCGGCGGCCGCGAUCGCUACUGGGAGGGAGGCCGUCGGGUUGAGGGAUGCGCCCAUGGCAGACGCCACCGACUCCCCCUCCCAUCCCUCCCACCCCUUCCAUGUCGACGACCCCCUACCGCAACCCAUGGUGAUUGGGGAGGGCCAAGGGGGCCUUCUAGGGCAGGGUCCACACCCGAGCUCCGCUCAGCCCAGCACGCCCCACUCCACCCUCUACCCUGCCAGCCCUCCUACUCUCACCUACAGGCAGGCAGGUCUUCGAGACCCCAGAGGAGGUGAGGGCUGGCAUUUCAGAUUUGCUGGCGAUACACCGCCUGAGCAGCUCUCCGGCUGCCCCCACCCUUCCAGUCCCACAGGACCGGACCCGGACGUAUGCGGAGGUCACCCGGUCUGUCCUUCUUUUAUCCCCCCCGCCACUCAGCUAGGCGCGUCACUCCCGACCCCAAUGGAGACGGACCGGGGUCUGAGGCCGUGUCACUCGCACCUAGACGGGGUGGCGCCUCCCCCCGUUCAGCCCGUGGCGCAGGAGGUCACCAGCAGUAGGGAUGAGGCAUCCGCCCCUACCGAGACCCCUCCGCCUGGGGUAGCAGAGCCGUCACUUGAACCGCACCCCGCCGAGGGGCAGGAGCACACCACGGCACACACUUCAGGCUCACCUCCACGUCCCCCCUCCCCAGCUUCAACACCGGUACCGGCACGAGGCCCGGCCCUAUCCUGUGCGACACCACCUCUAUCUUCGCUGACACCCCCCCCGCGCGGGGCUGGUGAGUCGUCUCCUCCCCUCAUCCCAGGCGAUCCUGUCGGAGCUCAGGCCGCCCACGGGGUCCCCUCUACAGCCAGUUCCGACGCCACGGCCCCGAUUGACCCCGCCGACACGGCGACAUCACCCGACCAGGUCGUGAGUUGCCCCACCUGCAGGAGCUCUCUCGCGAACCGACGCGCGCUCCAGCACCACAUUCCCUUCUGCCAUCCUGCGGACGCGGCUCGCAGGGCGCAGGCUGCCCAUGAUACCGCCUCGAUCAUCCCUUCCCUCUCACAGCCCCGUGCGACCGGGAUGCAGUUCACCGACGCACAGUGGCAGACGCUUCGACUCGUCCGCAUUGCCCAGGACCCGGAGGCUGCUGGCCCUACCUUCCUCCUCGCUGCAGCGCCGACUCUUUUCCUUGUUCCAGCGACGCCACCCGACCGCUCGCACACGGCUGCCAUUGCAACGCGCAUCUCUCGCUUUGGUCGAGGUGAGUGGGCUGAGCUAGUCUCAGAUGCACUAGGCCGUCGCACACCCCUUCCUCGCCGCACAGGUCACCGGUCACGCACCGCCACCGAUCCCUCUGCAGCAGAUGAGCGCCGCAUUGCACGUUGCCUUCGUCUGGCAGCGUGCAAUGAGACCUCACGGGCGUGCGCGGCUCUCGAGUCCGCGGAUGGCAGCCCCAGAUACACAGGGGACGAUACAGCGCCUGCAGUCGAAGCACCCCAACGCGGAGAGGCCGACCCCAGCUUGGCUGUCUGGCUUCCAGGGGUCCCCUCUCGUGCUCUCGGUGGAUCACUUACGCCGCGCGAUUUUCACAGCUCCGCGGGGCUCUUCGGGAGGACCCAGUGGCUCCGAGGCCGUUGCGCUCCAGCUGCGCGCUCCUUGCUAGCGUCCUCCACCCUCGUGGCUCUGGCGAAGUCGAACAUGGAUGUUCGGCCGAUUGCCAUCGGCGAGGUUUUGGUCCGCAUUCUUUCUCGGGCAGUUUGUCUCCAGCUACGUGACCAGAUGGCGAGGGUCUUCUUGGCAUCACAGCAGUUUGGGGUGGGGGUUACGUGCGGGACAGAGGUCGUAGUUAGAGGCGUCCGCCGCGCUCUGGCUGACCACCCAGACUGGGUGGUCCUGCAGCUAGACGUGGCGAAUGCCUUUAACUCUUUCCACCGAGACAGGAUGUUUCAGGCGCUGCAGGCCAGUCCCGGAGUUUCAGUGUCUGAUCCCCUUCAUCGGCCUCUUCUACGGGACGCCCUCGGAUCUCCACUACAGCGUCUUGCUUUGGAGCCGGUUCUGGCGGAGGGGGAUGUCCAGCUCUGGUCGUACGCCGAUGACACGUACGUGCUAGGUCCCCCAGACAGGGUGCUGCACCAUUUUGCCGAGAUCCCCCAGACAGCUGCCCGCCUUCUUUCGGCGUGUGUCAGCACUCGUCCGCAGUACCUGUCGAGGACCGUCCCUCCUUCGCCCGCAGUGAUCUCCAGUUUUACACGGUGGGACGCACGCCUGGGAGAGACAUUUCAGCAGCUUUUAGCUUCAGGGACCUGGGCUUGUCGCGAGGACGUCCGAGAGGCCGCCCUAGACCAGAUCUUCCUCCCCAUCCGUCUCGGGGGUUUCGGCAUUCGUCGCAUGGCGCGCAUUGCCCCGAGCUUCGCUUCAGGAGCGAGCCGUCUUCUGGAGGCGCAUGCCUUGGAGGCCGUGCGUGCCCGUCACGCCUCUCCCUUGCACCUUGCCCGUUUGACUUCCCUUCAGGGCGGAGGUGCAGGAGCGUGGUUGACGUCGGUGCCGUACGCCGACCCACUGCGCAUCCCGGAGGCGCUGUGGCAGGCGGCUUCAUCUUCUCGUCUUGGUCUCCCUAUCCCCCAGUUAGCCCUUGCAGGUCAGUGCUCCUGCGGACAGGCGAUUGACGACAUGACGGUGCCUCAUCACGCGGUUCGCCAGUGGUGGGAGAGGGGACACGGGCUGAGGGACCGGGGGAGCGGAGAGGCGAGGCGGGACAGCCGGGUGGCGGGGGGACAGUGGGGGACGGCACCAGCUGCGGGGUCAGGUGGAGCGAGGGACAGGUGGGCAGAGGGGACGGCAGGGGGAGCAGACGGGCCAGGACGGGGAGGGGGGACGGCACAGGCAGCAGCAGAGAGCCAGUGGAGGCCGCGGGCCCAGGGCGCCGCGCCUCCAGGUUCGGCCCUCGGGGGCGGGGCAGGGGCGGGAGCAGCAGAGAGCGGACGGAGGUACAGGAGGGGCAGCGGGAUUGGGAGGGGAGGGCAGGGAGUGAGAGAGGCAGCAGGGGAUGGAGCAGGGGGGUCGGGAGCGGAUCCACAGCGGGAGGGGAACGUGCAGCUGAGACGGGCGACCCCCACACAGAUUGGAGUGGCAGCAGCUAGGCGGGUGCAGGAGAAGCUGCGUCACUGGGGGCCGCACUUAGAGGGGCUGCAGCCGGCACCACACUUUUACGCGUGCGUGGCGGAGACCUUUGGCCUUCUGAGUGAGCCGCUGCGUCAGUUUCUGGGGCUCUGCGCAAAGAGGAUAGCACAGCGGAGGAGGGAUAGAGGUGGGGGGGAUGACGGAUCGGCACGGAUAUUUGAGGCAGGACUCACUACACGCCUCUCCGUUGCACUGCAGCGCGCGCAGGCUCAAUGCAUGAUCCAGCAUGCGGUGCGGCAGUUAGGGAGUCACACCCCCUGCCCCCUCAUGCCAUCCGCUCCCCCCGCCCCUACCCUCCGCGUGCCCGCUCCCUUGCCGCCUCUUUUGACCCUCCCUGCCCCCCUCGCCGUUUCCCACCGCCCGCCAUUCGCUCCUCCCCGCCCGUGCGCUCCCCUCGCUUUACCUUCUCCUCCCCCCUCCCCUCCUCUGCUGCACGCCUCUUCCUUCCCCUCGCCGACCCACUCCACUCCCUGCCCCUCCUCAAUCCGCACCCUGCCCCUCGUAUCUCGCCCCCCUAUGCUUGGUUUCUCCCCUCCCUGCCCCUCGCCGCCUUUCUCCCGCCCCCCACCUCCCCCCUCUCCCUGCCCCCCCACUCUCCCCCCCCUUGUCCUUGGCUUCCUACCUCCCUGCCUCACCUUUCCCCCCUCCUGUGUGCUCAGCUUCUCCCCUCCCUGCCCCUCCCUCCUCCCCGCCCUGCCCCUCAGUUUUCCGCCCCCCCCCACGCCCGGUUUCUCCCCUCCCCGCGCCUCCCUUUCUUUCUCCGUGCCUCUCCUUUGCUCCCUCCCUGCCCCCGCCUGCCCAUGCCCCUGUCUUUGGCUUCUCCCCUCCCUGCCCCACGUUUCUUCCCUCCCUGCCCACCCCUCUGCCCCUCCCUUGUUUUCCCCUCACCCAUUGCUUCUCUCCCUCCCUGCCCUUGAUUUCCCACACCCCUGCCCUUCGUUUCCUAUCAUCCAUGCCCCUCGUUUCCCCCCCUUUGUACGUUCAGCCUCUUCCCUCCCUGCCCCUCCCUUCCUCCCCCCCUGCCCUUUGCUCUCCCCUCGUUACGCUCCCUUCUCCCCAUCCCUGCUGCCCUCUUACCACCAUCAGCCCAUCCCCACGACCAGCCCCCCUCCCACCCUUCAUCCCCCUCCCUCUCUCUCUCCUCUCUCUCUCUCUCUCUCUCUCUUUCUCACACACACACACACGCACACUCCCCUCCCCCACCCCCCCCACCCUACAUCCUCCCAUUCUGCCCCUCCCUGCCCCUUUCCCACCCCCUCGCACGCCCCUCACCUCCCACCUCCGUGCAACUGGUUUCCCCCCCUAUGGUGCCUCCCUUGCAUCGCUCGCCCCUCUGCUCACCCUCUGCCCGCCCCUUUUCCGUGCCCUCAGCUGGCCCAGCCCCUGCCCGUUGCUGCCCCUCCCCUUGCCCCCUCAACUCCCCUGCCCCCCGUACACCCCCAGUCCCAUCCAACCGCCCCCACCCUCCCCCGGCUGCCCGUUUCCGCUCUCCACCCCCGCGACCGUGUGCGGCUUCCAACCGCCCAACGGUGGUGCGCACGGGGCGUUUCUUCGCACUGGGCAAGCCUCCCCGGGGGCCCCCCCACCCCGCUGGGUCGUUGUUCGGGCAAAAAAACGAAAAUGAAAAAAUCGGACGCGCUGAAAAUCGUCCUUUCUUUUUCCCGCUUGCCCCUCCCCCGGCACGUGCCGAGCAAGGGGCAUAAAUGGGUACAACACGAGGGGACUUCCCGGCCACCGAUCCAUCUACAGCAGAUGAGCGCCGCAUUGCACGUUGCCUUCGUCUGGCAGCGUGCAAUGAGACCUCACGGGUCGUGCGCGGCUCUCCGAGUCCGCGGAGGCAGCCCCAGAUACACAGGGGACGAUACAGCGCCUGCAGUCGAAGCACCCCAACGCGGAGAGGCCGACCCCAGCUUUGCUGUCUGGCUUCCAGGGGUCCCCUCUUGUGCUCUCCGGUGGAUCACUUACGCCGCGCAAUUUUCACAGCUCCGCGGGGGCUCUUCGGGAGGACCGUCCGAUGGCGAGGGUCUUCUUGGCAGUCACAGCAGUUUGGGGGUGGGGGUUAUGUGCGGGACAGAGGUCGUAGUUAGAGGCGUCCGCCGCGCCCUGGCUGACCACCCAGACUGGGUGGUCUUGCAGCUAGACGUGGCGAAUGCCUUUAACUCUUUCCACCGAUACAGGAUGUUCCAGGCGCUGCAGGCCAGCCCGGAGUUUCAGUGUCUGAUCCCCUUCAUCGGCCUCUUCUACGGGACGCCCUCGGAUCUCCACUACAGCCCAGCCGCACAAGUGCCUCGUCUACCAGACGAGUCCUUUCUGUCCAGGGAUCUGGAGGCUUUCACGGGCCUAGGGAUCGAGGUCGCACGCCGAGGGCUCACCGUGACAGGCGUACCGGUAGGCACCGUUUCGUUCGUGGAGCAGAGUCUCCCGGAUCGUCUCGAGAGGAUGGGGCGGGUGCUACCUUGGCUUCCAGAGGUUGCGCCAGCCCCCAGAACAGCUGCCCGCCUUCCUUUCGAGCGUGUGUCAGCACUCUGUCCGCAGUACCUGUCGAGGACCGUCCCUCCUUCGCACCGCAGUGAUCUCCAGUUUUACACGGUGGGACGCACGCCUGGGAGAGACUUUUCAGCAGCUUUAGCUUCAGGGACCUGGGCUUGUCGCGAGGACGUCCGAGAGGCCGCCCUAGACCAGAUCUUCCUCCCCAUCCGUCUCGGGGGUUUCGGCAUUCGUCGCAUGGCGCGCAUUGCCCCGAGCUUCGCUUCAGGAGCGAGCCGUCUUCUGGAGGCGCAUGCCUUGGAGGCCGUGCGUGCCCGUCACGCCUCUCCCUUGCACCUUGCCCGUUUGACUUCCCUUCAGGGCGGAGGUGCAGGGGCGUGGUUGACGUCGGUGCCGUACGCCGAUCCACUGCGCAUCCCGGAGGCGCUGUGGCAGGCGGCUUCAUCUUCUCGUCUUGGUCUCCCUAUCCCCCAGUUAGCCCUUGCAGGUCAGUGCUCCUGCGGACAGGCGAUUGACGACAUGACGGUGCCUCAUCACGCGGUUCGGUGCCCGCGCUACGGGGUCGCCACUACCAUCCACGACACGGUGAAGUACAUGCUUCGAGACUUUGCGGUCGAGGCGGGCUUCGCGCCAGUGGUGGGAGAGGGGACACGGGCUGAGGGACCGGGGGAGCGGAGAGGCGAGGCGGGACAGCCGGGUGGCGGGGGACAGUGGGGACGGCACCAGCUGCGGGGUCAGGUGGAGCGAGGGACAGGUGGGCAGAGGGGAUGGCAGGGGGAGCAGACGGGCCAGGACGGGGAGGGGGGGACGGCACAGGCAGCAGCAGGAGAGCCAGUGGAGGCCGCGGGCCCAGGGCGCCGCGCCUCCAGGUUCGGCCUCGGGGGCGGGGCAGGGCGGGAGCAGCAGAGAGCGGACGGAGGUACAGGAGGGGCAGCGGGAUUGGGAGGGGAGGGCCAGGGAGUGAGAGAGGCAGCAGGGGAUGGAGCAGGGGGGUCGGGAGGUUUGGGGGAGGGUAGAGAGGGGGAGGGGAGAGGACAGGUGGAUGGAGGAGAGGAGAGGGGGAGAGAGACGAUCGGAGAGGGGGCACCAAGGGACCAGACAGGGCAGCAGCCAGCGCAACAGCAGGGACCAGUCGGACGCACAGGCCGUGUAGGCACCGCCUCCCGCAUUCCAGAUCUCACCUGCCGCGACGUUGGCCAGGGUCUGAUGGUUCUUGUGGAUGUCUCCAUAGCGGAUCCACAGCGGGAGGGGAACGUGCAGCUGAGACGGGCGACCCCCACACAGAUUGGAGUGGCAGCAGCUAGGCGGGUGCAGGAGAAGCUGCGUCACUGGGGGCCGCACUUAGAGGGGCUGCAGCCGACACCACACUUUUACGCGUGCGUGGCGGAGACCUUUGGCCUUCUGAGUGAGCCGCUGCGUCAGUUUCUGGGGCUCUGCGCAAAGAGGAUAGCACAGCGGAGGAGGGAUAGAGGUGGGGGGGAUGACGGAUCGGCACGGAUAUUUGAGGCAGGACUCACUACACGCCUCUCCGUUGCACUGCAGCGCGCGCAGGCUCAAUGCAUGAUCCAGCAUGCGUCACACCCCCUGCCCCCUCAUGCCAUCCGCUCCCCCCGCCCCUACCCUCCGCGUGCCCGCUCCCUUGCCGCCUCUUUUGACCCUCCCUGCCCCCCUCGCCGUUUCCCACCGCCCGCCAUUCGCUCCUCCCCGCCCGUGCGCUCCCCUCGCUUACCUUCUCCUCCCCCCUCCCCUCCUCUGCUGCACGCCUCUUCCUUCCCCUCGCCGACCCACUCCACUCCCUGCCCCUCCUCAAUCCGCACCCUGCCCCUCGUAUCUCGCCCCCCCUAUGCUUGGUUUCUCCCCUCCCUGCCCCUCGCCGCCUUUCUCCGCCCCCCACCUCCCCCCUCUCCCUGCCCCCCCCACUCUCCCCCCCCCUUGUCCUUGGCUUCCUACCUCCCUGCCUCACCUUUCCCCCCUCCGUGUGCUCAGCUUCUCCCCUCCCUGCCCCUCCCUCCUCCCCGCCCUGCCCCUCGUUUUCCGCCCCCCCCCCCCCACGCCCGGUUUCUCCCCUCCCCGCGCCUCCCUUUCUUUCUCCGUGCCUCUCCUUUGCUCCCUCCCUGCCCCCGCCUGCCCAUGCCCCUGUCUUUGGCUUCUCCCCUCCCUGCCCCACGUUUCUUCCCUCCCUGCCCCCCCGUCUGCCCCUCCCUUGUUUUCCCCUCACCCAUUGCUUCUCUCCUCCCUGCCCUUGAUUUCCCACACCCCUGCCCUCGUUUCCUAUCAUCCAUGCCCCUCGUUUCCCCCCCUUUGUACGUUCAGCCUCUUCCCUCCCUGCCCCUCCCUUCCUCCCCCCCUGCCCUUUGCUCUCCCCUCCCCCUGCCCGUUGCUGCCCCUCCCCUUGCCCCCUCAACUCCCCUGCCCCCCGUACACCCCAAGUCCCAUCCAACCGCCCCCACCCUCCCCCGGCUGCCCGUUUCCGCUCUCCACCCCCGCGACCGUGUGCGGCUUCCAACCGCCCAACGGUGGUGCGCACGGGGCCAUUACCGCCCCUCUCCCCUUAUCCCCCACCACGCCCCCAAGCAGGCCUUUCUCCCCCCAGCCUCCCGUCUCCCUGCCCUUAGUACCGCCGCGCUCUGCCCGUGCGUCACCCUUGCCCACUUCAUACCACCUCCCCCUUCUCCCCCCCCCCCGGCUUCUCCCUAUCAUCACCCGCAUGUUCCCCCACUCCCCUGUCCACAACGUCCUCCUCCACCCCCCCUCCUGCCUUUCCCCACUCCCACUCUGCCCCCACACCUCUACGAGCCGUACUUCCCCCUCCAGCCUCCCUUUCCCCCCCAGCUACUUCCGCAUCCAGCGUGGGCUGCACCUCUGCAUCCCGCCCUGCCAGGCCCUUCGGUGACCCAACUGCCGCCACCUGGCACCACGCCGCCUUUCCCACCCCCAUCCAAUCUCUACACCCCCUGCCCCUGCUCCCUGCGCAAUCCAGCCACCUACCCCAGCCUCCCUCUACCUCUCCCUAACUCCACACCGCCGUUCCUACCCCCAGCCAAGGUCUACACCCCUUGCUUUUGCUCCCUGGGCUGUGCCGUCCCCAACCUCCCUCCGCCUUUCCGCGGCACCAGACCGCCUCUCCCUCCCCCAGCCAACCUUUGCACCCCCUGUUCCUGCCCCUUGUGCCCUCCAACACCCUACCUCAACCAGUCUCCCCCUUCUCCAACACCCUCCAUAUUUCCUCCCCCCUGGGGCUCGCCCAUCCGCAGUUAUCACCCUUCAUCGAUUCCCCAAUUCCCUCUGUCCCCUGUUUCCCGGCCCCGCAUCCUAUCCUGCAUUUACCACAGCAGCCUCCUUUCGGUGCCCUCUCUGCCCUCCCACGUUCUCACCCCCCGCCUCCCAACCUUCUCAUUACCCGCUACCAGGCUCACGCCAACUCGACUACCCACUACCCUUUGCCCCUUCCUCUCUGUUCCCCACCCUUCCUUUCCCACCUGGCUCCACCUGCCCACCCCCACCUCCCGUGGAAUUCUGCCCUGCCCUCCCCACCUCUGGCCCACCACCUGUCCCCACACCCUGCUCACCCACCGCUACAUCCACCCCCGCCCCCCCACCUCCACUACAGCCCGCCAACACUUCCCCUCUCAAUCGGCCCCCAGCCCGCCCCCCCCUUGGGCCCCAAUCCCCUCCAACUGUCAGGCCCCCUCUACCCUCUCUUCCACCCACUGCGCACCGCUUUCCCCACCCUUUUCCCCUUUCCCCAAGCUAACCCCCCGCACCCCGGCCUCUGCCAGGGAAGCCAGGGGGGAACUUGCAGCUGACACUGCACGGGAAGGGGUAAGUGAGUUUGUGUGUGAAGGAGCAGCAGAGGCUGCAGAGGAUGGGGCAGCAAAGGCUGCACGGGAAGGGGCAAUGGGGGUUGUGGGGGAAGGGGCAGCAGAGGCUGCAGAGGAAAGGGCAGCAGAGGCUGCAAGGGAAGGGGCAGCAGCGGCUGCACGGGAAAGGGCGGCAGGGGCUGCACGGGAAGGGGCGGCAGGGACCGUGACUCUGGCCAGGCAAAGGGCAGAGGCCAUGGAGACAGGUUUUGCAGGAGUAGGGGCCACGGAACCUGCUGCUGUGUCGGCUGGGGGAACCGCAGCAGAGGAGGCUAUAGGGACCGCACCAGGAGCGACAGAGGCCACAGCGGGGGCUGGUAUAGGGGGAGGUGCUACGGGUGCAGCGGGGAAGGGGGUAACGGGGACUGGUGCGAGGGAGAGUGCCGCCCCGGCUGUAGCAAGAGAGGGUACGGCAGGGGCCUCAAAGGCAGAAGGUGAGGCUGCAGCUGAAGCAGCAGGGAGGGCCAUAGCACGGCCAGUAGGGGCGGCAGGGGCCGCAGCAAACUCGGGGAAACACACAGCAGGGCCGGCAGGGCCGGCAGAGACUGCAAAAGGGGCUAGCAGUAAAGCGGCAGCAGGCGGGGUGGGCUCGGGGGACAUAGGGGCAACAGGGGAAGGAGAGGUGAGUGUGGUCCCGACCGGGGUGGGCACUGAAGAGGGGGAUGUGAUAGCGAUAGAGGAGGAUGAGGGAGAGGAUGUGAUGCACAUUGACGGGCCACUGGCCCAAUACCUCACGCUUGACGGUGAGGCCGACCCGGCCCCCCUGCAGCCUCACGUCGAGGUUCCCCCUCUACCCCCCAUGCCCGUCCCCAUGCUAGCAGAAGGACCGAUGGAGGGGCUGGGGGAGACCUUGAGGACAGAGCCGCGCGAGGGAGCCCCCAUCCUCACCUCCCGUCCUCCAGCCCACCCACCCCCAGGAGCACCACUUCCCCACCCCCACCCUCAGGUCCCGGUAGUGUCCAGGGGGGCAGCCAAGGCCCUGGCCUUCUUGGCGGAGCCGUGCUCCCCGACCCCCACGCUGCUCCAUGGCCAGCCCCCCUCUCCGUCCCCAACGCCUGACCCCACGGUUGCAGGCGGUCCACCGGGAGAGCACGCGGCACACCUCUGCCCCCACCCUCAGGGGCUCCUUAGAGCACCACGUGGAGCAGCCAGGGCUCUGGUCUUCCUAGAGGAGCCAUGCUCCCCGACUCCUACCAACACCCAGCCACCCCCUUACCGGCCCACUACCCCCUCCUCCACCAGGCCCCCCCCCACCCGCCCCUCGACCCCCACCUCCAACCCCCUCUCCCGGCCGGGUUCCCCACGAGUGGCCCCGUUGGGCAGCCAUCACCCCCCACACACAGCUUGCCCGAUCUGUUCCCACGGAGGGGGAUGUUUCGAGGAGAGUGGGGAUGCACACAGAGCACCCCCUGCCUGGCGAACCACCCAUCCUCCCUCCACCCACCCCUUUGGCCCCACAGCCCCCCCUUCCUUCACAAACAGGCGCGGACAACCAGGUUGGCCGCCGGCGGAAGAACAGGGGCAGAGGAGGCAGAGGGUCAGCCCACGUACUCCCCCCUCCCUCCCUCCCCCACCAAGAGCCCCUCCCCUACCUCACAUCCCGUUGAACAAUUACCAGGCCCUACCUCUACAGCCCGACCACCAAACCUACACUCCCGCCCCGCUCCUGCACCUCCACAGGGCCAUGGGAGCGGUACCAGCCCACUCACCCCCAUUCUGCCCCUCCCGUGCUGUGUCCCCCUCCCAGGUGGCGGCGGCCGCGAUCGCUACUGGGAGGGAGGCCGUCGGGUUGAGGGAUGCGCCCAUGGCAGACGCCACCGACUCCCCCUCCCAUCCCUCCCACCCCUUCCAUGUCGACGACCCCCCUACCGCAACCCAUGGUGAUUGGGGAGGGCCAAGGGGGCCUUCUAGGGCAGGGUCCACACCCGAGCUCCGCUCAGCCAGCACGCCCCACUCCACCCUCUACCCUGCCAGCCCUCCUACUCUCACCUACAGGCAGGCAGGUCUUCGAGACCCCAGAGGAGGUGAGGGCUGGCAUUUCAGAUUUGCUGGCGAUACACCGCCUGAGCAGCUCUCCGGCUGCCCCCACCCUUCCAGUCCCACAGGACCGGACCCGGACGUAUGCGGAGGUCACCCGGUCUGUCCCUUCUUUUAUCCCCCCCGCCACUCAGCCUAG